GCGUGUCCAAGCCAAAGCCAGUCCAAGGUCCAAGCUUGCUAACAAAUCGUCGAGACUCGAGACCCGCUUCUGAAUUUGCCGAUUUAUUUGCCACACGCCAAAAAAUACAGCCUGUGAAAUGGUUGAGGACAUGAACAAGUAUCUGCGGAAACUGCUGUCAAAGAUUGAUGGCCUGUACUGUAUAAUAAUAUCAGACAGAGAUGGAGUUCCAAUUUUGAAAGUCUGCUCAGAUGAUUCUCCUGACAAAGCGACAAGGACGAGCUUCCUUUCAACAUUCGGCAUUGCGACAGAUCAAGGUGGCAAGCUGGGACUGGGGAAAACCAAGUCCAUUAUCUGCAUGUACGAGAAUUACCAGGCCAUUCAAAUGAACAAGCUGCCGUUCGUAGUGACUUUCGUCACCAGCAGAGACUGCAACACGGGUCACGUGCUCGCCCUGGAGGCACAGCUGGAGCCCCUGCUUCCUGUACUGAGAGGAGUGGUCGGGGACACCUGAUAUUUGUACCAGCAACUUCCCUCGCCAGCCCAGGAGCCAACUUAGCCAUCGAUCUUGUUUGCCAGUUGCUGACAGACAGCAGAAAAAAACUAUUUCCACUCCUUGUGCUUCUGUGUUUAAUACUAAGAAUAUUAUUAUUAAUGUUUGUGAUAGUAGACAAGAUGUUUUCGACUCAGUUCUGGUUUAUUUGAUAUGCAGAACAAUCAAAUUUUAAUUUUUGUAUGAUUUGUAUGAAAUAUUAUCAGCUAUAGUAAAUGUCUCAUUGUAUAAUACGUAAUAAAAAAUACAUGAUUUCAAUAAUUUGA